AUGGACACAGGAAAUCAUUCUUUAGGAAAUGUCUUUGUCCUUGAGGGGUUAACAAACCAGCCAGGACUCCAACUCCCACUCUUCUUCCUGUUUAUAUUAAUCUAUGUAGUCUCCUUGAUGGGAAAUUUGGGAUUGAUCCUUUUAAUCAGAAUCAGCUCUCAGCUUCACACUUCCAUGUAUUACUUUCUCAGUAAUUUGUCCUUCAUAGAUCUCUGCUACUCCUCUGUCAUAAUCCCCAAGAUGUUGGUGAACGUUGUAUCAGAGGAGAAUUUCACAUCUUUUCCUGAGUGCAUGACCCAGCUCUUUUUCUUCUGCUUCUUUGGUAUUGACGACUCCUACAUGCUGACAGCCAUGGCGUAUGAUCAUUAUGUUGCCAUCUGCAGCCCUUUGCUCUACAAUGUCACCAUGUCUCACAGAGUAUGUUUGCUACUGGUCACCAGUGUUUAUGCAGUGGGGGCCUUUGGGGCCUUGGUUCAUGCCAGUUAUAUAUCUACUCGCUCUUUCUGUGGAGUUAAUGUUAUUCACCAUUACUUCUGUGACACCCUCCCUCUUCUGAAUACAUCUUGCUCAAGAGACUCUACCAAGGAGCUCUUGGUGAUGAUUCUGGUUGGAUUGAAUGUAUUUGUGUGUGCCUUAGUCAUCUUUGUCUCAUAUGCCUGCAUCCUUGUCAGCAUCCUGCACAUACUUGGCGAUGGCAGGUCCAAAGCCUUCAGUACCUGCAGCUCCCAUCUUGCAGCUGUUGGGGUCUUCUAUGGCUCCAUUGUCUUCAUGUAUUUUAAACCAUCUACCAGUGACACAAUGCAGGAGAAGGUGGCCUCUGUGUUUUAUACUAUAGUGAUCCCCAUGCUUAACCCUCUUAUCUAUAGCCUUAGAAACAAGGAUGUCAAAGACGCCCUAAAAAAAUUUCUGAAUGGUGGGAUACUUUCUCUGUAA